GAAGAAGAAAGGGAGAAGCCAAGUGGCCCUUCCCGGUGCCUAUCGUUUCCGGGGCCCUCUUUCCCCCCUCAUCGCUCGCAUCGCCUGGAAGCCUUGCUUCGGUUGAGUUCUUUCCCACCGCAGCUUUCCUCCAGAUAUAAACCCUAUCCCUCUCGUCCUCGCUUGUUGUGAAGCUCGUGAAUCCCGCGCCGAUCUCGUCGUCGGCCUCGAGGAGUAGCAGCCCCUGAUGGCGACCGCCGUGGCGUCGCAGCCGCGACACUUCACCCUCGGCGGCGAGCCGAGGGCAGCCAUCUGCGCAGCCAGCACAUCAAAGAUUUGCACCCUGGACAAAGUAUACGGAUUCAGGUUCGUAUGCAGAAGUGUUGUUGAUCUAAGGAGUCAAAAAUUCCAUUCCCAAAUUUCUAAGAGAAAGUGCUAUUUAACAAGUUCACCAUCGGAAUUUGAGAAGAUCAUUUUGAGUGCUAGAUGGUUAGAAUUUAGGAGACAGAGGAUAGCCUUUCAGAGAACUGGAAGGUGGGUUCACAGUAUUCCAUUGGCUUCUCAAGAUGAUGGCAGUGGUGUGUCUGUUAAUGGAGUACCACAAGUUGAUCCAGCAAGUCAAAUGAAGGAAAUAAGGGUGAAAUUGGAUAAAGCAUUGCAAAAUGAAGACAUAAGCACUGGCCUUGUCCAAUCAAUACAUGAUGCUGCGAGAUCUAUUGAAUUGGCUUUCCUUGAUCACAGCAAAUCAUCAAUAAACUCUUGGUUCCCAAAGAUGUGGCUUGGUGUCGAUAACAAUGCAUGGAUAAAAUCGCUGUCUUACCAGGCUGCUGUUAGCUCGUUACUGCAAGCAGUUAUCGAUGUUUCAUCAAGGGGGAACGGCAGAGAUAGAGAUAUUAAUGUAUUUGUUCAAAGGAGUUUAUCCCGCCUUCUCAGCUCUCUAGAUGGUGUUAUACAGAAUGAAUUGGCUAAAAGGGAACCUUCAUUAUAUCAGUGGUAUUCAUCUAAUCAAAAUCCAUUGGUGGUGAGGACAUUUGUGAACACUUUUGAAAAUGAUCGACGAUUUAAUUCUGCAACAGCAAUAUGCAGCGAAGGCAAGCCAAUGGAUACUAGUGAAAGUGACCUUUCUUUGCUUGUGCUUGGUCUGUUCUGUCUUGCUGCUAUUACGAAGCUAGGAUCAGCAAAAGUUUCUUGUCAGCAGUUUUUCUCCAUGGUCCCUGAUAUUAUUGGCCGAUUCCUGGAUAUGCUUCUUGAAUUUGUUCCUAUAAGUAAAGCGUAUACCUUGACGAAAGAUAUUGGUCUUCAGAGAGAAUUCUUGUGCAAUUUUGGUCCUCGUGCUGCUGUUCCUAAGUUUGCUAAUGAUCAUGGACUUGAGAUAUCAUUUUGGAUUGAUCUGGUUCAGAAACAAUUACUAAGGGCUCUUGAUCGUGAAAAGAUAUGGUCAAGACUGACAACAAGUGAAACUAUUGAGGUUUUGGAAAAGGACCUAGCGAUAUUUGGUUUUUUCAUUGCUUUAGGCAGAAGUACACAAGUAUACCUGUCUUCCAAAAGUCAUACAGAUUCAAAUGAUUCUAUCAAUAGUAUUGUAAGGUACCUUAUUGGUGGGAGCGUCCUAUAUUAUCCACAGUUGUCCUCGAUUAGUUCUUAUCAGUUGUAUGUGGAGGUUGUUUGUGAAGAGCUUGAGUGGCUUCCAUUUUACUAUGAAGAUGUGCCAACGGCAAUAGUUGAUACUCAAGGCAGAGAAGAAAUGCCUAAAAGAGAACUGAUAUCAAGGGUGCUAAAUGUCUGCACUUAUUGGAUGACUAGUUUUAUAAAGUAUAGCUCAUGGCUUGAGAACCCCUUAAAUGUAAAGGCAGCACGAUUCCUAUCUAAGGGGCAUGCCAUGUUGAGCGACUGCAUGACUGAGCUUGACAUAGCAAAAAAUAAUAUGCCUAAAGACCGAAGUUUUCAAGAAACUGGAGUAUUGGUUGAUGCGACUGAGCUAGCUUCCAUUGACAAGUCACUUGAAAGUGUCGAGGAAGCUUUGGUUAAGUUAGAAAAUUUGCUUCAAGAAUUGCAUCUUUCCAGUUCCAACUCUGGUAAGGAGGAUCUAAAGGCUGCAUGUUCUGAUCUAGAAAUGAUCAGAAGACUGAAGAAGGAAGCAGAAUUUCUUGAGGCUUCCUUUCGAGCAAAAGCAGAAUAUCUGGAGGCUGAUACUAUUAGCAGAGUGUUACCUCCUGCUGGCGAGGGAGAACACGGAAAGACGGGCAGCAUGGUUAAUGAGGUUUUAACACCACAAAAACCAGUAAAUAGGAUGGAGAACAAUCGUCGUCCGUUUUGGGACAUUUUUGGUACGACUUCAGGAAGGAAAAUUGUGCCAGCACAAGAAGCUGUGGAUCAGGAUGCUUCUGCUACCAAGGUGGAUCAAAUAGACAUGGAGUCAAAUGACAUCCGCCGCUUCGAACAGUUGAGACGUGAGUUGAUUGAGUUAGAAAGGAGAGUGCAGAAGAGUACAGAUGGUGCUAGAAAAGAGGAGUUCCAGGAAACGGAGGUUCCAGAUGAAACAAUGAGCCCUUCUGAGUCAGCAACCCCUCUGUCAGGGCCUUCUGGUUCAGUAAUCAAGAAAGAAAAUGUUAUUACAAAAUCGGUAGAGAAAGUUAAGGAGAGUACAACGAUUGUGUUGCAAGGGACACAGCUCUUAGCAAUUGACACAGGAGCUGCUAUGGGUUUACUGAAAAGAUCUCUUAUUGGGGAGGAACUAACUCAGAAGGAGAAGCAGGCUCUUCAGAGAACCCUGACAGAUUUGGCAUCUGUUGUUCCAAUAGGAAUACUCAUGCUUCUACCAGUGAGUAUUUCUUUCGGAUUUGUACCUUCUGAACAUGUUACAUGGGGGCAGACAUAUAAGCAUCGUGGUUGCCACCCGGCGCCUCCACAGUCUAGUUCAGAGGUUACUGCUGUUGGGCAUGCUGCUAUUUUGGCUUUCAUCCAGAGAUAUGUGCCUUCCAUGAUCCCAUCCACAUAUGGCCCCGAGAGGUUAGAUCUCCUCAGGCAGCUUGAGGAAGUGAAGGAAAUGAAAUUGCCUGAAGGCAGCAGUGAAGAUAUUUCUGACGCAAUAGGUUUGAGAGGUGACCAAGUGAAAUAAGCUGACCAUGUACAGACGGACACAAGUAUAUUUCUGAUUGUCUUUUCUGUAAAGAUGUUUUUGAACAAGAGGUGGGAGGGUUCGUUUCCUUAUACUCUACUCCUAGAAGACCUCUCAGUGCAUGCUGAUGGGAGUACAGCUACACAUGUUACAACCAUACGAUGCAUGGGCAUACGUUGAGGGGCUAUUCUUCCUAAAGUUAUAUGCCUUCGUAGAUCUUUGUCCAUACUUAACAGUUACAACUUACAAGAGUAUUUGGUGCCCACUCAGCAUUUAUGAUCAACGUCCAAGUUCCUUUUGCAUAAUGGCUUUGUAGAGUAGGCAUUUUGACAAGUGGAUCGAAUACCUAGCUAGAUAUUUGUGCAUCACAUGUUGUCAUGUAAGCCCAUGUAUUUAUAUUUGAGAUAAUUAGCUGUUCAUA